UCUCAUUUCAGUAGGCCUUUAAGGUCCAACGCCUCCAGUGGGUCCGACACCAACUCCGCUUCUAGUGGGUCGGACGCCACCUCUGCUUCCAGAGGGUCCUCUGAUGACGCCACCUUAAGGUCCUACGCCUCUAGUGGGUCCGACACCACCUCUGCUUCCAGUGGGUCCGACGCCACCUCUGCUUCCAGUGGGUCCUCUGACGACGCCACCUUAAGGUCCGACGCCUCCAGUGGGUCCGACAGCUCUUCUGCUUCCAGUGGGUCCGACGCCACCUCUGCUUCCAGUGGGUCCUCUGAUGACGCCACCUUAAGGUCCUAUGCCUCUACUGGGUCCGACACCACCUCUGCUUCCAGUGGGUCCUUUGAUGACGCCACCUUAAGGUCCGACACUAACGCCGCUUUCAGUGGGUCGUCCGAUGAUGCCACCUUAAGGUCAGAUACCUUCAGUGGGCCCGACACCACCUCUGCUUCCAGAGGGUCCUCUGAUGACGCCACCUUAAGGUCCGACGCCUCCGGUGUGUCCGACACCACCUUUGCUUCCAGUGGGUCCUCUGACGACGCCACCUUAAGGUCCGACGCCUCCAGUGGUUCCGACACCACCUCUGCUUCCAGUGGGUCCGACGCCACCUCUUCUUCCAGUGGGUCCUCUGAUGACGCCACCUUAAGGUCCUACGCCUGUGGUGGGUCCGACACCACCUCUGCUUCCAGUGGGUCCUCUGAUGACGCCACCUUAAGGUCCUACGCCUGUGGUGGGUCCGACACCACCUCUGCUUCCAGAGGGUCCUCUGACGACGCCACCUUAAGGUCCGACGCCUCCAGUCGGUCCGACGCCUCCAGUCGGUCUGACGCCUCCAGUCGGUCCGACACCACUUUUUCUUCCAGAGGGUCCUCUGACGACGCCACCUUAAGGUCCGACGCCUCCAGUCGGUCCGACGCCUCCAGUCGGUCCGACACCACCUUUUCUUCCAGUGGGUCCUCUGACGACGCCACCUUAAAGUCCGACGCCUCCAGUGGGUCCGACACCUCUUCUGCUUCCAGUGGGUCCGACGCCACCUCUGCUUCCAGUGGGUCCUCUGAUGACGCCACCUCAAGGUCCUACGCCUCUACUGGGUCCGACACCACCUCUGCUUCCAGUGGGUCCAUCGCCACCUCUGCUUCCAGUGGGUCCUCUGAUGACGCCACCUUAAGGUCCUACGCCUCUACUGGGUCCGACACCACAUCUGCUUCCAGUGGGUCCAACGCCACGUCUGCUUCCAGUGGGUCCUCUGAUGACGCCACCUUAAGGUCCUGCGCCUCUACUGGGUCCGACACCACCUCUGCUUCCAGUGGGUCCUCUGAUGACGCCACCUUAAGGUCCGACGCCUUUACUGGGUCCGACACCACCUCUGCUUCCAGUGGGUCCUCUGAUGACGCCACCUUAAGGUCCUAUGCCUCUACUGGGUCCGACACCACCUCUGCUUCCAGUGGGUCCUCUGAUGACGCCACCUUAAGGUCCGACACUAACGCCGCUUUCAGUGGGUCCUCCGAUGAUGCCACCUUAAGGUCAGAUACCUCCAGUGGGCCCGACACCACGUCUGCUUCCAGUGGGUCCUCUGACGACACCACCUCAAGGUCCGACGCCUCCAGUGGGUCCGACACCCCCUCUGCUUCCAGAGGGUCCUCUGAUGACGCCACCUUAAGGUCCGACGCCUCCGGUGUGUCCGACACCACCUCUGCUUCCAGUGUGUCCGACACCACCUUUGCUUCCAGUGGGUCCUCUGAUGACGCCACCUUAAGGUCCUAUGCCUGUGAUGGGUCCGACACCACCUCUGCUUCCAGUUGGUCCUCUGAUGACGGCACCUUAAGGUGCGACACCACCUCUGCUUCAAGUGGGUCCUCUGAUGACGCCACCUUAAGGUCCUACGCCUCUAGUGGGUCCGAUACCACCUCUGCUUCCAGUGGGUCCUCUGAUGACGCCACCUUAAGGUCCGACACUAACGCCGCUUUCAGUGGGUCCUCCGAUGAUGCCACCUUAAGGUCAGAUACCUCCAGUGGGUCCGACACCACCUCUGCUUCCAGUGGGUCCUCUGACGACACCACCUCAAGGUCCGACGCCUCCAGUGGGUCCGACACCCCCUCUGCUUCCAGAGGGUCUUCUGAUGACGCCACCUUAAGGUCCGACGCCUCCUGUGGGGUUCCUCAGGGCUCAAGUCUGGGACCCCCGUAAUUUCACCUGUACAUUCUGCCACUACGCAGCUUCGAUAUGUCCGAGCACAACUAUGCAGACGACAUUCAGAUCUAGGUCUAGUGCAGCUGACACCUACAUCGAUCGACAUUGUUAAAUGACCAGAAGGUGGUUAAUCAACAAUUUGUUAUCGUCCAACAUAAAACAGUCAAGACAACUGCCUCGGGUGUUGGGCCGCAAGCGCCCCCUAGAGGUUCUACACAAAAUUGUAUUUCUCAGCUGUGGUCCUUCCGAGCCGCAGUGGGACUCAGUUGUGCUGUAAUACACUUUUCCACCACUUGUGGCAUUAAUGACAAUAUCAAACAAACGGAAGAAGUUCAGAGGGAAGUUUAAGCGCAAAAAAUUAUGACUAAAUUAGUGAAGCUCUAUUUUUAUUUACUUUAAUGAC